UAGGAGAGAAAUCAAAAUCGCAUUUAGUUUUAUUUGAACGCUAAUAAAGUUCAGGUGCUACAACGGCAGCUGUGGUGCCGUGCAAGUGAGUCGUGUGUAAUAGAAAAAUACAAAAACACACACGCUAAAUCAGCGAAAUACGAAAACAAAUUCGAUAUCAAUAUAUUAUAAAAAAAGAAAAUAAACGCCCUUUUUGCUGCGGGUCACAGACGGCCAUUAUUUAUCCAUUCAGUGCAAGUGUGUCUAGUGAGCCGCUUGGUCAUGGCUCGCGAAGAUGAAGAGCGCAUUGUGGACAACGAGGAGUCGGCCCAGCCCGAGGAGACCACAGCGACGGGCCCGAGUCGCGGACGCGAGGACAAUGAGCUGGCGCUGCCCACGGGCGGCUGUUGUAUGCCGUCGAGCACCUGUCAUCGGUUCCAGGCGCUGGUCUUUAUGUGCCUGCUCGGCUUUGGCUCGUACUUUUGCUACGAUAAUCCCGGCGCACUGCAGACGGUCUUCAAAAAGGAUCUGGACCUGAGCUCGACCCAAUUUACGCUCAUCUAUUCCAUCUACUCGUGGCCCAAUGUCGUCUUGUGCUUUCUGGGCGGAUUUCUGAUCGAUCGCCUGUUCGGCAUACGCCUGGGCACGAUUAUCUAUAUGCUCAUACUGCUGGUGGGUCAGCUGAUCUUUGCCAGCGGCGCCAUUAUCGACACCUUCUGGCUGAUGAUACUCGGCCGCUUCAUCUUUGGCAUUGGCGCCGAGUCACUGGCCGUCGCCCAGAACAGCUACGCGGUGCUCUGGUUCAAGGGCAAGGAGCUGAACAUGGUGUUCGGCCUGCAGCUGUCGGUGGCGCGUUUCGGCAGCACGGUCAACUUUUGGGUAAUGCAGCCCAUCUACGAUUAUGUGAGCAAGUUCUAUGAGAGCUAUCGUGCCCUUGGCGUCGUCCUGCUGCUGGCCACGCUCACCUGCGUCAUGUCGCUGCUCUGCGCUCUGAUACUCGGCUGGAUGGAUAAGCGGGCGGAGCGCAUAAUGCAGCGGAACAAUAAUCCGUCGGGCGAGAUACCCAAACUGACGGAUGUCUUCACAUUCAAGGCGCCCUUCUGGAUGGUCUCCCUGAUCUGUGUGGCCUACUAUGUGGCCAUCUUUCCGUUUAUUGCGCUCGGCCAGAAGUUCUUCAUGGAUCGCUUUGGCUAUACGGCCGCACAGGCGAACACCGUCGACUCGCUGGUCUAUCUAAUUGCGGCUGUGUCCUCGCCCAUCUUUGGCUUCAUCAUCGACAAGCUGGGUCGCAAUGUGACCUGGGUGAUGAAUGCCACGAUUACGACAAUUGGCGCACAUGCGCUGCUCACGUUCACCCAGCUGAAUCCGUAUGUGGGCAUGACCAUUAUGGGCCUCUCCUAUUCCAUGCUGGCCGCCAGCUUGUGGCCUCUCGUUGCGCUCAUCAUACCCGAAUAUCAGCUGGGCACCGCCUACGGCUUUUGUCAGUCCGUACAGAAUCUCGGCCUGGCUGUCAUCACAAUUGUCGCCGGCAUCAUAGCCGAUCACAGCGACGGCGAUCAUACCUGGGUGCAGCUAUUCUUCAUGGGCUGGCUGACCAUAGCGCUGAUUGCGACCGGCGUCAUCUGGGCCUACGAUAAGAAGCAUCGCGGCAAUCUCAACAUGACGCCGGCACAGCGUGCUAUCUUUGUCAACUCGGCCAACUAUCAGAAUUUUGAAUAAUCCCCCCCAACCCCAAGCACGUUAAAUGUUAUUCCAUUUGGAAAAUUGAGCUCCAUGCGGGCCCUAUCAAAUUUUUACGAUUAUCUUAUGGCUGAGAAGUAGAUGAAGUGAAAGAUCUUUGAGACAAUGUGAUGAGCGGCCCGUCGAGUCGCAAAAUUGGUAUUUACUAACUGGAAUUGUUUACAAACACACACACACACACCUACACACAUAUAUAUAUAUGUAUAUUAAUUUUAUGCUAUGUAUUU